AUGUCGGGAACGGUGAUUCGAGUUGAACCGCUUAACGCGGAAAACUACGAUACAUGGAAAUUACAAAUGAAAGCUAUUCUCAUAAAAAACGAUUUAUGGUCAUAUGUCGAAGGUACUGCGUCGUGUCCAACGGGCGAAGCGGCUGCAAAAUGGAUCAGCUUUGAUCAGAAAGCGUGUGCUGAUAUAAUGUUAUCAGUAAGUGCAUCAGAAUUAAGAUUAAUUGCAGAAUGCACAAAUUCAAACGAAAUGUGGAUGAAACUACAAGCCACAUAUUCAUCAAAAGGGCCUGCGCGCAAGGCGACGUUGCUGAAAAAGGUUGCACUUUCGCGCAUGAAGGAGGGGAAUAGUAAAUUAUUAGGUAUACAUAUAUUGCAUAAACCUGCUUUGUUGAUACGUGAUCCAUAUAUAAUUGAAUUAAUUUUAAUUAAAAAAUUUAACUAUUUUUUAAAUCGAUUUGAAGCAGCUGAUCCAUAUAAUGAUUUACUAGGCUCUCUUACAUUACCACUAGCAAAAUAUUCAAUUUGGCAUGAUAGUCGUAAAGCAAUAUCAGCACUUUUUACUAGUGGGACUCUAAAGAAUAGAAUGUUUCCAAUUAUUUUGCAAGUAGCUGCAAAACUACAAACAUAUAUAGAUCUUAAAUUUCAAAACCAUACCAUCUCACCAAUAAUUGAGGUGAAAGAAAUGUCAGCAAAAUUUACAACUGAUCUAACUGUGAAGCUGUUGUUUAGUGUUGAAGAAUUUAGUCUUCAAAAUAAGAACUCAAAAUUUCGCACUCAAUGUCGAAAAGUACUUGAGCCCAGUCUUAUAAAGAUUUUACAUUUUCUUAUAAUAUUUUUCUUACCAAAUCAAGCUAAUAUCUUUAGAGCAAAAGUAUUUCCACAGAGUUACGUCAACUUUUUGAAAAACGAAGUAGAUAAAAUGAUGAAGAAUACAAUUCAUUUGAAUAACGAGUGUAAUGAUUUAAUAGCUGUACUUCUACAGUUACAAAGUGAAGCCAAAAAUAUCAAUCACAGUUUAAUAAAACAUCCAGAUUUCAUACUAUCGCAAGUUGCAAUAUUUUUAAUAGCUGGUUUCGAAACGUCUUCUUCGUUAAUUGCUUUCACUCUAUACGAAAUGGCUAAACAACCUAAGUUACAGUAUAAUUUACGCUGUGAGAUUAAAGAGAUAUUUUCCAUUAUAAAUACUUCACAAUUUACCCAUGAAACUUUAUCGAGUAUGACUUAUCUGGACAUGUUGGUUUCUGAAGCUUUACGUAUGUACCCUGCAGCUGCUUUUAUAAAUCGGGAAUGUACUCCUAAUGGAAACGAUGUUGGAUUUUCAUUAGAACCGUUUGUCAACUUUGACAUACCGAAGGGUAUGCCUGCAUAUAUUUCAAUACUUGGUUUACAUCGAGACUCAAAGUAUUGGAAAGAUCCAGAUCGAUUCGAUCCCGAUCGGUUUUGCUCAGAAAGAAAAAAAUUAAUUCAUCCAAUGACAUAUAUUCCCUUCGGUGCUGGUCCCCAUGCCUGUGUCGGUAGUCGUCUGGGUAUUUUACAAAUUAAACUUGGUUUAGUUCAUAUAUUUAAGAGUUUUACUGUCGAAAUCUGUGAGAAAACAGCUUCAAAAAUAAAAUUUGAUCCGAAGUCGUUUAUGUUGCAGUCAAAGGGAGGCAUUUAUCUCAAAUUUCGAAAGCAAAAGUUAUUGAGUAACACAUAAAAGAUAAAUUAAAAGUUUUGUUUAAUAUAUACUUAAUUUUAUUAUAACAAAGA